GCCGCGUCUGGCCGGGUGGCGGGCGCCGGGCGGCGGCCCGGAUGGGACGAGCUCUGGCCGCCGGGCGAAGGGAGGUCGGCGCGGACGGGCCCCUGCGCAGCGCCGGGCCGCUGGUUCCAGCUCUGCCUCCUCUCCCCACCCAUCUCCUAGGAAGGACCCCACAGAAGGAAGGAGAAGGCAGUGGAUGCUGGUCGUCUACCAUUGGGAGCUCAGACUGGGAGGCAAGACUUGAAACCAAAGAGUCAACUCCAGAGUCCAUCAUUACUGAAGAUUUAUCCUAUUGGGUAAUAAUGGAAAAGGAAGGUCUCUGGCAUUCUUCUUUAAGGGAAACCUGGGAAUCUGAUAAUUGGUUAGAGGGCCAACAGAAAAACCAGGAUAUACAUCUGGGUCAAGUGGCAGUUACCCAUAAGGAAACCCUCAUUGAGAGGAGAGUAUGUAGAGGUAAUGAAUUUGAAAGAUGUUCCAAUCAGGGUUCAGUCAUUGAUAUACAACAAAGUACUAUGGGAAAAAGGCCCUGUUAUCAGAAUUCACAUGGGAAAGAUAAACCAAGUUCUGAAUUAAUUAAGAUUCAAAGAAUGUUUGUAGGGAAGAAAAUCUAUGAAUGUAAUGAAUGCAGGAAAGCCUUCAGCCAGAGCUCAUCCCUUCUUAAACACCAGAGGAUUCAUACUGGGGAGAAGCCCUAUAAGUGCAAUGUAUGUGGGAAGCACUUCACUGAACGCUCCUCUCUUACUGUACAUCAAAGAAUUCAUACUGGAGAGAAACCUUACAAAUGUAAUGAAUGUGGCAAAACCUUCAGUCAAAGCAUGAACCUUACUGUUCAUCAAAGAACUCAUACUGGAGAAAAACCCUACCAAUGUAAAGAGUGUGGAAAAGCUUUCCGAAAGAAUUCAUCCCUUAUUCAACAUGAAAGGAUCCAUACUGGUGAGAAACCCUACAAAUGUAAUGAAUGUGGGAAAGCAUUUACUCAAAGUAUGAAUCUCACAGUGCAUCAAAGAACUCAUACAGGAGAAAAGCCUUAUGAAUGUAAUGAAUGUGGGAAGUCUUUCAGUCAAAGUAUGCACCUUAUUGUACACCAGAGAAGUCAUACUGGAGAGAAACCCUAUGAGUGUAGUGAAUGUGGAAAAGCCUUCAGUAAGAGCUCAACUCUUACCCUGCACCAACGAAAUCACACUGGAGAAAAACCCUACAAAUGUAACAAAUGUGGGAAAUCCUUUAGCCAAAGUACAUACCUUAUAGAACAUCAGAGACUUCAUUCUGGAGUAAAACCUUUUGAAUGUAAUCAGUGUGGAAAAGCUUUCAGUAAGAAUUCAUCUCUUACUCAACAUAGGAGGAUUCAUACCGGAGAGAAGCCUUACGAGUGUAUCGUAUGUGGGAAGCAUUUUACUGGACGAUCAUCCCUUACUGUACAUCGGGUUAUUCACACUGGAGAGAAACCUUAUGAGUGCAAUGAAUGUGGAAAGGCCUUCAGCCAGAGUGCAUAUCUUAUUGAGCAUCAAAGAAUUCAUACUGGUGAGAAACCCUAUGAAUGUGAUCAGUGUGGUAAAGCCUUCAUUAAGAAUUCAUCCCUUGUAGUGCAUCAGAGAACUCAUACAGGAGAGAAACCCUAUCGGUGUAGUGAAUGUGGGAAAGCCUUCAGUCGGAGUACAAAUCUUACACGGCAUCAGAGAACUCAUACAUGAGGAAAGUUUUCACUGUGCUCAUCGUGAUGAACUCUUCAGUGAUAAUUAGAUCUGUCGUGUCAUGUAGGAACCAAUAAAUGUAAUGAUUUUAGGAAUCUUUUAGGUGAGGUACAUUAUACCAUAUCAGAUGAUACAGACCAUUGCAGAGGAACCAUACAAAAGUGGAAAAUCUUGAUUGAAUUAGAAAGAAAAACUUUGUAUCUGGAGGCUUAAGUUGCUGAUAUUCUAAACAACGAGGAUUCAUGCUGAAGAUAAGUUCUGUUGUAUCAUACUGCAGAUUCUUCUUUGGAUGUCAGAGAUUUCACAUUGGAGAGAAUAUAUGAGAGUGCUUAACUGGACACCCCAAAGACCUGGUAUGUACUCUGAUCUGUCACUAACUUGGACAAGUCACCUACUUUCACCAGGUCACAGUGCCCAUAUUUGGUAAAUGAUGGAUUUUGGAUUUAGAAGAUCUCCAGGAUCUCUUUAAGUUCUAUAAAGCAACAAACCUAUAGAUAUAAUGAAUAUUGUGACAUCCUUAAUCUUUUACCAUGUUAUGUAUGUUAUUAGAUGCUACUAUUUUACAGUCUGGUUUCCCUGGAUGUUGUAAGUUAAAAUUCUCUCUCUACCAAAUCUUGUUAUUUUCCCAUGCCUACCCCCUUCUCCUUGCAUUAUUUUCUCCCCUAAACAUUGGCUGGUUGCAAACAGGUGAUGGAAUAAUUGUACAAAUCUUAAUGCAAUAGUAUACUGUGUCGAGUCCUCAAUUAACAGUCAUUAAAUUGUUAAAUACACUAGUUCGAAAGUAACAUAACUUAGAGUGUUUUCCUAGGACUCAAAUACAUAUCUUUGUAUCAUAUUGACAAUCGAGUGGAAAGGAAGAUAGGCUGAACACUAAUAGAAAUAAAAAUCUGACAUUAAUAAAACCUUUGUAAUUCAAACAUAUGCAAAACAGACAUGGAGACUUUAUAGACCUAUAGUAAAGACAAUUUUAUUUAUUUCACACAUUUAAUACGUGAUAUAAACAUGUGUUAGAGAAUAAAAAUAUGAUAUAGUCUUGUUUUCCAACGUUUAAACUGAGAAAGUGACAGUGAGAUGGGAAAAGAAGAAUUCAUGCAAAAAUGACACAGGAUCUAGAUAAUGUGUUAACUGAUUAAAUGUGAGUGCUUGAAUUUUUUAUUUGGAUGUAUCGGAAUGCCAUAACUAAAAAUAUAAAGUUGACCAAUUUUGUGGGGCAAUGAUCAGUUAGUUUGGGGAUAUUUUGGUGAGUAUGUGGAUAUCCAAGUGAAAAUUCGUAAUAGACUAUACACUAAGUAGUAGGGCAUCGCUUAGAGGGUUCUCUAGGAGUAUAAUAUUAUAGUUCCCCAAACCCUAAUUCAUGGUAUUGCUUUUCACAGUUUGUUACCCACAGUCAACCUUGAAUCCAAAAAUAUUAAAUGGAAAAUUCC